AUGGCCUUUACAAACGCCAAGCCGUUGCAGAUCGCUCAGGCUGCCAAGUUCGGAUCAAGGAAACUGGCCGUGCUGUCGACGGAGGAGAGGAAUGCUGCACUCACGGCUAUUCACGAUGGGCUACUGGAUGGCAAGAAUAUAGUUCUAGAGGCCAAUGCACAGGACCUCGAGGCUGCGAACAAGGCCGCUGCGGGAGGUACUCUAAGUGCAAGUUUAGUCAAGAGACUGGAUCUAUCGAAGCCGGGAAAAUACGAGGAUAUGCUACAAGGCAUACUGGAUGUACGCGAUCUAGAAGACCCAAUCAACAAGACGACAGCAAAGACACUUCUCGACGACGACCUCAUCCUAUCACGAGUCACGUGCCCCAUCGGCGUACUCCUCGUAAUCUUCGAAGCCCGACCAGAAGUCAUUGCCAACAUCUCCGCAUUAGCCCUCAAAUCCGGCAACGCCGCCAUCCUCAAAGGCGGCCGUGAAUCCAGCAGAAGCUUCAGCGCAAUAUCGCAAAUCAUCUCAUCAGCACUCUACACCACGGCCGUCCCCCCAGAAUGUCUCCAACUAGUCCAAACCCACGACGCCAUAGCCGACCUCCUCAAACAAGACACGUACAUCGACCUCUGCAUCCCGCGCGGCGGCAACAAACUAGUCCGCUACGUAAAAGACAACACGACAAUCCCGGUGCUAGGCCACGCCGACGGAAUAUGCAGCACAUACCUCUGCGCCGACUACCCCGUGGCAAAAGCCACAAAGAUAAUCAUGGACGCCAAAAUAAGCUAUCCCGCCGGAUGUAACGCCCUCGAACAACUCCUCGUCGAAGAAGCCGCCCUCAGCACCUCACUUCCCCCCAUCGCAGAGGCCCUGCUGCAGAAAGGUGUCUCACUCCGCUGCGACUCCACCACGCUCCUCGCCCUAAAAGGUAAACUAGACGAACACGCCGCCGCGCUCCUCCAGCCCGCUAGCCCAGAGGAUUUCAACACAGAGUUCUUAGAUAAUAUCCUCGCGCUGAAAUCCGUGGCAAACGUCGACGAAGCAAUCGCACAUAUCAACACACAUGGUUCUCACCACACCGACGCCAUUCUCACCUCGUCAGAGCCGGUAGCUAGAACCUUUCUCGCGGCUGUGGAUUCCAGCUCCGUGUAUUGGAAUACUAGUACCCGUAUGGCGGAUGGCCAACGCUAUGGGUUUGGUACUGAAGUCGGCAUUUCUACAAAUAAAAUUCAUUCAAGGGGGCCGGUGGGCUUGGAUGGGCUGACGAUUUAUAAAUGGGUGCUUGUGGGUGAUGCGCAGAUUAGUGCUGAGUAUGGGGCGGGAGGGAAGGCGUGGAAGCAUGAGAGGAUGAGCGUUGGGGAGGAGGAGUGA